GAAGCUUUUGCUUUUGACUUUGCCUGACUGGGUACGCAUGCGCACAUUUGUUCUUCGUAUGGUUUUCGAUGUUCGGCUGUUCGCCCUGGGUUUACUGUUUACUGAUACGAGUGCAGUUUUACAGCCGUAAAAUGAAGACGUGAAAGGAAGUGGGAUAUUGAACCUAGUGGGACCGAAACAAACUGCGAACAUGACGAAUGUGUACUCAUUUGAUGGGAUCCUGGUAUUCGGUCUGCUGUUCAUCUGCACCUGCGCGUACCUGAAGAAAGUGCCCCGUCUGAACACCUGGCUACUGUCGGAGAAGAAGGGCGUGUGGGGAGUUUUCUACAAAGGUAGGAGUCACGUGUCGCUCUCAUCACCUACAGGUACCCCCGGCUACUCAGAUGGGUUCCCCCUAAAUAACCACAACUAUUAUUAUCAAUCACAUUUGGAGAUUCUCUCCUCAGUGUAGCUUCAGCAAGCUGUA